AUGAGCAAACCGACACGUUACGCUGUGAUGGACGACUACACGCGAACGAUAAAUGUUUCCGAUCCCCAACCCGGAGCCUACCUAAACGGCGACACCGCUGUUCGUUCGUCCCUCCAUACGGAUUAUGAAGACGAAAUUGACGACGACAUGAGAGAUCCUCACUACUUUGACAUCACAGAGGACAUUGGACCAAGCAGGAUGCAUGCUGGUCAUCGAAACAUGGAUCACGAAGUCUUGCCACAGCAGUUUGAAUAUCUCCUAUGGUCCCCACUACCAAGAGACCUGCCUACCACGCGCAAAGACGCCCUUGUUGUUAUGGCCGCCUAUGAAGGGAAUCUAGACCGCUAUCUUCGUCUCCGACGACCGUCAAUGGUUGCAGAUGAAUGCUGUGCUGUGCAACGGGGCAUAUACCACAACACAACCUUUGCAAAGUGGUGGUCACUCCAGGACCCUGGAACUUUGGGCCCCAACUCUCAAUACAUCCUGGAAGCCAUCAAUGCACGCUUCAUUAUGAACAACGACCUGUCGCGCAUCAACCCGGAAACCCCCGACAAGAACGAUAUACCCCGUCUCUUCUGGUAUCCUCUGUUUCCACAAGAACGAACCCUGCGCGAGCUUGUCCGCAGACGCCCCCGCACCGCGUUCCAAGCGGCAUUGGUUUGCAUUGCUGCUAACUAUCAGUACACUUAUGAUGCCCUGGACGUAGAGCCUCAUUACAUCACGUAUCAACAGGCGCGAAUGAGACACAACCCGCACUACGCACUCGAUAUUGAGCGGCGUGCAGCCGAGAGCGAUGUUGACCUCCACCCAAAUACUCACCUAAGCCACUUGACCAGACCGGACAAGGAGCCCACGACACUGGCGAUCGAGCCUGGUAUUCGCGCAUUUCGCGGGGCCUUGGUUGAAGCACACCUAAAGGGGAUCUAUCCAGGCGAGUUGCAGGCGAAUGCUGCCUCAUGGGAGCUUUUCAUUUGUGUACCAAGCGAGUUAAAACGGCGAGCUGAGGUUGAGGGACUGAUGUUGUACCCUGAGAGUAACGACAUUGAGACUUGGAAAGAGUUGAUCUCGCGGAAUCAAGGCACUGGAAGAUAA